AUGGCCCGUUUAUAUGUGGGAAAUCUGGACCCUCGUGUCAGUGAACGGGAGCUAGAAGAUGAAUUUCGUGCCUUUGGGGUGCUGAGAAGGUAAAAAACUUUUUCUUUCUUCAUAUUAAAAAUGCUCGUGAACCAGGCAGUUCACAGGUUGUCAGGUUAAAAUAUCUCAGGAGGAUAUACUCUCGGAUAUUUUAUGUGGCAUGUAGAAUAAGCUAUCUUCUAAAAAUCGUGAUUAUUGUCGUUUAUUUCGUUUCUUCCCGUUUCAUCACUACAUAUGUUCUCAGGUCAUGAGUACGAUGUUUUCUCUUCUACAAUAUGGGAACUAAUUUGCGUGUAAACCCAUGGGAUGCUUAUUACUAGGUUUAGAGAAUGAAAAUUUGAAAUACGGGUUACUAUGGAAAGUUGGUCUUUCGUUUUGCACCCCACCCAAUACAGCGAAACAAAGCACAUAAAAAAAAAUGAUCAAUAAUUAAGUACAUCGCUAAGUUUUUCUCCUCUUAUUAUAAAAUGAUCGCUGUUCUUUGAAACUGAGUCUGUGCUUUUGAGAUUAUUUAAUCUUCAAAAACUCUAUUCAGGGAUAUAAUUGGUUAACACAUUGUAUUAGAUGGUUUUGGGACAGGGACAGAGACCUAUGUUUAGUCUCGCUAUUCUUGCUGAGAUGGGAAAAAAAAUGAUUCAAUAUUCUAUACUCUAGUUAAUGGAGAAGGCCCUCCUUUUAGUGUAACCAGCUUAUGCCGUUGACUUUUGUAUAUGGUUUUUCAGUCGUCUCUCCUUUAGCGAUCCUUGAGUGCAUAAAAUUCAUGUUUGAAUGAUCCGGUUUUUCGUCUAUGAAAGGAACGUAGCAGAUGUUUAGUUCUAGUCCCUGUUGAGGGAAGGAAUUCGUGGAACUUGAAUAAUUAUGAAACUGAUCCUAUGACUCUGCAGAUCUUCAUCCUAAAACGGAGUCAACAACAUUUGCACGCUUUACAUUUUCCUGUAGGAAAGGACCAAAUGUUCAAGCAUACAUACCUCUAUGGCGCAUGUACACACUAGCCAUGGAACAUGACACUUGAAAUGAGUUUGAGAAUGAUGAUGGAAACAUUCAGUUUUGUGCAUUAGUCAACUCACUCUCCAAGUUAUGAUUGUCUUGAUUUUUCUUCCACGGCAAGUUGAAAUAUUCUUCUUCUCUUGUUUAUUCACAUUAGCAUGGUUGGUUUUUAGAUCUCUGGGGGAGGAUUGUCGAUCCCUCUUCAGAUCAUGCAUGGUUCCUUUUGUUGCCUUGAUUUGAUGUCGCUCAUCCAAAUUUCCUGCUUUAGAGUAGCAUUCAUUCAUGUUCACACUUGCUAAAGAAACAUAAAUCUCUUGCAACUUGUCCUCCUCUUGGCCACUUUUUACGCUUAUGGGCUUUGUCAGCAAAGACUGGUCACUUUCUAUCUUCCUCUAUCUUCUCCUUCGUAUUGUGUUGAUCACAAUUAUGUAAAGCCUUGUAAACUGCUUUACCACUUCAAUUUCAAACCCAAAAGCAGAUCCAACUUGAAAGCAAGUGAUCCUCUGUGCCUCCAAGCGUGAUCUAAGUUGGCGAACUUAUUAAUUGUUUGCAUUAAUAAUAUUACGCCGUUUUUAUUCUCGCCUUUACAACAAGUCACCAGAGUUGGUCUCCGUUUGUUUUAGCCUUUUGAGUCCGGAGGCACAUAAUUCAUUCUCUCUGCUUUCAUCUGGUUUUUCUUUGUAAUAUCAUUUGCAAUUCAUUAAAGAUACUUUACCAUCAGUUUUCUGAACAGCUUUUUCGAGCUGUAGUUUUAUUAGUUAAACUAACGUAUCACCCAUCACCAAAAUAAAUAAAUAAAUAAAUAAAUAUAUAUAUAUAUAUAUAUGUCUGAAGCUUGCAUGAACGCCUUUAUCUUGGUAGCUUAAACUACUCUGCUACAAAGAGGUGAUCCACACGGAAACACAGUGGAUAUGUGUGCGACUAAAAUUAUUGAAAGACCGCUUCCCCUAGUGGAUUAAAGUUGAUUUACAAUUCUCAUUUAUGUGAGCAACAAGUUUUCCCAAGUCUUGUUUGGUUUGAUACUUUCUUAAGUGUUUCCCUACCUUCAUGUACUAAUCCUUGUUCUCCAGAUUGAAGUGUCCUGUCAUCAGAAUCGCGGUUGUGAUGUUGUAGAAACCAUAUGGUUGAUCUAAUUGGAAUUUACCAAAUUAUUUUUUUUCCUCCCUGGAUGCAGUGUUUGGGUUGCUCGGAAGCCACCAGGUUUUGCUUUUGUGGAUUUCGAUGACCGUAGAGAUGCCCAAGAUGCCAUUCGUGAGCUGGAUGGUAUGUGAACAUGUGUUUUAAUGUGCGCUCAAUCCUUAUGUCCGUUUCAUGAAUUUUCUUGAAUUUCUUCGAAGUUAGAGUUCACUUUGGUGCAUUCUUGUCAUUUUGCCCUGACGAUGUGUUUUGGGUUAAUUUGAAUAUUUUCACCUUCGUUGAUGGAAGUUUGCAUCAGUUACAUAUUUCUGACAAGGGAAUUAAUUACAAUAAAAAUGAUGUGAUAAAUCAAGAUACACUACAAUUUCCAUUAGGUGCCUUAUGAUUUUAUCAUUUUUAUUUUGUUUUAUUCAUAUGUUAUGUAAAGUUUAGGGAGGGUGUGUUUUUUUAAUCAGUUGCAUUUCUAGAGAUUAUUGAUCUUCUUACAUCUCUGAUGGAUUUCUUGAAAUUUUAAACUUUAUUCUCAAAUAUUGAUUUUAUUUAUUUAUUUGUAUUUGGAGACGCAAAUAUAUAUUUCAAUGUCAUAUUGUGAGCUUGCAAAAAAAAUUAUCCUUUUAGCAGUCAGUAGGAUAUUUUUAAAUUAGAACAAUUAUUCACCUUUCUUUCUCAGCCAGUCCUUGCUCCUUUCAUAUACUGAUGUAGUUGUAUGGUUUCCACCUUGAAAGUGAUGGGCCAUCUGCAUUAAAUCUACAAUCUUACCUUCUCCUUGUAAUAGGUAAAAAUGGAUGGAGAGUGGAGAUCUCACGCAGGGGCGGAGGACGUGAAAAUACUCGCGAUCGUUCUGGAGGUUCUGACAUGAAGUGCUACGAGUGUGGUGAAUCCGGGCAUUUUGCUCGUGAGUGUCGACUACGAAUCGGUUCAAAAGGAUUGGGAAGUGGAAAGCGCCGGAGCCCAAGUCCCCGAUAUCGCAGGAGUCCCAGCUAUGGUCGAAGGUAAUAUCAGCAAAAAUGGUGCCUGCUACAGAAAUUUCAUCACCUCCAAGUCUAUGAUGUCAGCGUGCGGGAAGGAUGGAAUGCUUUUGAUCUUCCAGCCAUUUCUUCUUCUUUUUUUUUUGUUUUUGUUAGUUGCUUUAUUUUCCCAUGCAUUGAAUCAAUCGAUCACGCUGACUUAUAUGGGCAGGUGUUGGUAAUCUGAAGAUCUGGGUCACUGAGUCAACAAUGCUCUGAAAAUCCUGAUAACGUUCUUAUUUACUGUUGCUUCACUUGGAAAUCAAUGAUCCCCUCCAUGUUUGUCUGCAGCAGGAGCCACAGUCCUCGCGCCCGUUCUCCACGGAAUCACAGCCCUUCCCCUCGUCGCCGCAGCUACAGUAGGUCCCGGUCGCCAGCCUACCAGCGGGACCGCGAGGGGUCACCCUAUACCAACGGGUAUCUCUACUCUCUCUCUCUUGCUGAUCGUUCAUCUCAGCUAUAUAUAUAUAUAUAUAGUGAGAGAAACCGUGAUUCUUGCGCAGUAACAACGAUGCCAGAGAUCAACGCCGAAGCAAGAGCUGA